AACUUCACUGAAACAUUGAUUUUUCUCUCUCUCUCUCUUUUUUUUUUUUUUUUUUUUCAUAAUAAGAAAACCACCCAUUUUCUUGAGUUUGGUUUUAGUUGAUUUAUGCAGAAUUUUGGAAUUCAUUAAAGGAAUCCAAAAUUUCAGUGUUUUUUUUUUUUUUUUUAAAAAAAUUAUUUUAUUUUAUUAUUAUGAUGUUUUAAAGCAUAUAUAAAUUUUUGGUUUUGCUGUUGAUGAGGGGAUGUGGUGGAAUGUGGUGUAUGCAACCAAUUUUCUUUUUCUUUUUAUUUGCUUUGGCUUUUUGCGUGUAGAUUUGGAGAUUCAGCUUCUAUAGGUAGAUUCGUCUGGAAAGGAACGAUUUUCUGUUGAAAGAAAAAAGAAAAGAAUCAGUCUCAAAACGAUUCUAUGUGUCUUUCUUGUGAAGAUUUAGAGCUGAAAUUCGAUUGUUGUUGGCCUCUUUUGGGUGCCUCAACUUGGUUUCUCUCUACCCAUUUUCCCUGAAAAUCUAAUGGGCUAUCUGGGCAUUUUCCGGGAAAAUUUUUGCAGUGUUAUAAAUCUUCAUUUUGGAGCUUCCAAGUAGCUGUUUCUCUGGAGACUUAAGCUGGGUUUUGGAUCGUUUGGUCUGUAGCUUGAAGCUCUUCGGAAGAUCCUCUAUACAAGUACAUGGGGUUUGUUUGAUUCUUGAUAAUUUGGUUUCUGGGGUUUGUUCAUUCCAUGGAGAAGACGAGCAGAGAAGCCAUUUCCCUGCUUUUCCUGCUCAUCUUCAUCCAUUUCUACAACGUAAAAUGCCAAGAAAACAUUAUCAACCGCGUCUCCACUGAUUCUUCUCCAUCUCCAUCUAGAGAAGCAGAAUUCAAAAGUGGUCUCAAGAAGAUAAUCCUCAGCAUAGUAUUCGGGGUUUUAACCGGUUUGCUCUCCGCCGCCUUGUGCGCCGGCAUAGUCCACUGCGUCGUCCGCUACAUGAACCGAACCCCAAUUCUCAAAGGCCCAGUUGUAUUCUCCCCCAAAAUCGCCCCCAAAACGGUCCAAUCCGCGCUUGACAGUGAGAAUCAGCUUCUAGGAUCAAGCCCCAAUGGAAAAUACUACAAAACCGCUCUCGAUAAUGGACUCAUAAUCGCAGUCAAGAGGCUUGAACCCUUUGAGACUGGCUCACCAGAAACCCAAAGUAAAUCCGUGAAGAGAAGAAUUCAGCAGGAACUAGAAAUGCUAGCCAACUUGAGACAUAGAAAUUUGAUGAGUUUGCGGGCUUAUGUCCGCGAUUCCGAUAGGUUUUCACUGGUCUAUGACUAUGUCCCCACUGGGAGUCUUGAGGACGCCAUGAAUAGAGUUAGGGAGAAUCAGCUGCAGCUUAGUUGGGAGGUUCGGCUUAGGAUUGCAGUUGGGGUGAUCAAGGGUCUUCAGUAUCUUCAUUUCAGCUGCGUUCCUAGAAUUUUACACUAUAAUCUGAAGCCAACCAAUGUAAUGUUGGAUGCAGAGUUUGAGCCUAGAUUGGCAGAUUGCGGGCUGGCUAAGCUCAUGCCUAAUUUGGAUAGAGCUGCGUCGGGGUAUAGCGCUCCAGAGUGUUUCCAGAAUUGCAGGUAUACUGAGAAGAGCGACGUGUUCAGCUUUGGGGUCAUACUGGGGGUUCUGCUAACUGGUAGAGACCCCAUGGAUCCAUUCUUUAGUGAAGCAGCAGGUGGGGGGAGUUUGGGACGGUGGCUUCGCCAUUUGCAGCAAGCAGGAGAGGCAAGAGAGGCAUUGGAUAAGAGCAUCCUUGGGGAAGAAGUAGAGGAAGAUGAGAUGCUGAUGGCAGUGAGAAUUGCUGUUGUUUGCCUAUCCGAUUUGCCUGCAGAUCGGCCUUCCAGCGAUGAGCUCGUCCCAAUGCUCACCCAACUGCACAGCUUUUGAAGGAACUGUAAGUAAUUCACCAAACUUCAGUUUCCGCAGAUUCUGGGAUUUGGAUUUUUUGGGCUGUUUCUUUCAGGGUUUUGGCGUCCAAUUGGCAUGGAGUCUUGCUCUUUUUCGGCUAUUUUGGAGGGGCAAUGCAGUUGCUGCCUUCAGUAUGUUUGGUUUCUCACAACUCUUGAGUCUGAUUUCACUGCAUCUAUCAUUGUAAGUUCAUUUACUAAGCUAUGUACAAUGUACAUUUCCAAUGCUUUAUCUGAAGAAGCUGGUAUUCAAGUAGGUUUCUAACCAAAGAAUCGAGUCUUUUAUCGGUAACUAUUAGGAGAAACAUGCAUUAUUGUGUUUUUUUACCUUAUAAUUGUGGUGGGGUUCCGAUGAUUGUCUUUAUUUAGACAGCUUUUAUGGAGUUCA